AUGUUUUUAAAGGUCAUUUUGAUUUGCAUCCUCAGUACGUUGACGUAUGGAUCUCCAAUAAUUUAUAAUCAGAAUUACAAUCAUCCCAAUACAUAUCUUACUCCACCACGUGCAAUAACCACAUUAAAUACAUUUGUGCCAAUAGCCCUCAUUCCUCCGGCUCCACCUCGUGCAAAUAUUCCAAGAAUUUACGAGACUCCAAAGUCUAGAAUUUAUACAGCACCACCAAUUUUCCGUACAAUUCCACCUGCACCAACAACAAAACGUCCUUUUUUCAAUAAAACACAUAAUCAUCACAAUUUGAAGAAUAAUAAUUAUAAUCCGGGAUAUGCAUAUAAUUAUUCCGUCAAUGAUAAUCGUGUAAGCACGACUGUGCGACGAGUGACUUAUACUGCCGAUGAUGUUAAUGGAUUUGUAGCUAACGUCGAACGCACUAAUGUGCCUAUAAAUAAUAACAAUAAUGCAAACGUCGCUAAUAAUAAUAACAAUAAUACUCCAUUUACCAUUUUCACACCAUAA